GGACUGGGCCAGGCGAUGCGAUGCGCUCUAAGAAGCCCGUGUGGCUGCUCUUCAAGGUGCUGGAGCUGGUGCUGAGCUUCUGCUGCUGCUACAUUCACUGGCGGUGCUUCCAGGACGAGGGCAUACCGCACAACUUCCUGCUGUGCACCUCCUACGGCGGCUCCUCCAUCAUCUGCGUGCUGUCCAUCGUCGGCAUGUUCUAUGCCGAGAAGCCGACCAUGAAACUGGAGUCUGUCUUCAGCGGACUCCUUGGCACCCUGCAUUUGGUCACCAUCUUUGUGCACAUGUACCUGGCGCUGCACGGCCAAAAGUUGCUGUCCAUGAAGGCUCAAGGGGAGAGCUGGCACGGCUUCUAUGUGUGCUGUCGGGACAAUUCAAAGGUGGCGCUGUACGCCACUGCCGUUUACUAUCUACACUGCACCUUUGCCAUGGACCUGCUGCUGACACACACGGCCAAGUUUGUGGAGUGCCCGGACGGGACUGUGAGGAAACGGCCGAGGCACCCGCGGCGCAGCAUGCGCCCACUCAAACUCUAUUUCAUCAGCAUCGGUGCUGAAAACUAUCUGAAUCGCUUCCGUUGGUUUCACCUGCUCACGGCCAACAUGCUGAUGAGCACUCAUCCAUCCCAGAAGACGCUGGAUGCGUCCUCCAAUUCCAACGAGGAAUUGGAAUUGGCACAGCAAUGAACUAAUAUUAAUUAAUGUCGGUUUUAUUUGCCAGAAAUUAUAAUUUCAAAUCUUCAACGGCGUUUACAGUGCAG